AUGGGCGCCACUUCUAAGACUCCCAAACCCGAAGAUAUCAAAGACCCUAAAAUCAAACAACGUUCUUCUUCAUCUUUUUCUUCUUAUCCUUCCACCUCUACCUCCAACAAAACCACAUCAUCCACUCAUCACAAGAACACUGUGCGCGACACGGAGAUACCAGUCCGCAAGCCCCCCACGACCGCAGCCGAUAACCAGACCAAGGCCACCCGCACUAGCACCCCUCAAUCAGAUUACCAGACUUCUGGACCUGGUUUUGACCAAACCGUCAAAAACGUCCCUGGCGUUGGUUUAGUCUACAAUAAUAACCAGACCAACCAAAAUCCUAUCCACGGCGUCAAUCCUGCCUCUGGUCCGCAAUCGCAACAAGCUCAUCAAUUUCCAGGAGCCGCGCCGCCUCAAGUCUACCCACCGGGCUUUGUCCAAAAUCAACCUCAGGUCGUUCCUCAAUUCGCGCCUCCUGUAGGCCACCAGCAAGCCCCUGCUAUGGCGUACGCUAGUUUCAUGCCCAACCAGGGCCAGCAUUUUCAACCUCCCGUGCCGGACACCACCUAUGGCCCCAUCCCGCACACCUACCAUCCUCGUUUUGACAACAAUAACGCUGCCACUGGCCAGUACGUGUCGAUCGAUGGCCAUGUUUACCAGGUUGUCGGAGCUGCGAAUGCCCAGGAUGGCAGUGCGCCAGUCCAAUAUGUGCCCAUUCAACAGGCCUCUGGUGUCGCUGGCACCCCGAUUGUUCUUCAGCAGCAGCAAGGUGGUCAGCCACCCGUUUAUGUCCAAGGCCAGACCGGUGUACACAUCGCUCAGCCAGCUCCGGUAGCCACUCAGCCCGCCGCAUUCCCUCCCAUGAUGGGCCCGCCCCAGGUCGCUGGACCUAGUGGUAUGCCUGGCGCCUUCCCUGCAAGCUCUGCUCCGGACGUUAUGGGAAUUGGCAAGACCGGAAUGGAAGUCCAGCUAGAGCAGUACCACACGGCCGUGAACAACAAGGCCCUUGAAGGCCAGGACAUCGCCCCUGCCGAUCCUGACCCGUCUCGAAUGUACUACUGCCGAGAGCUUGAUGGCGAGUGGACCCUCCGCAACCGCUUCGGUAUCGACAACAUGGGCGAUUGCCGUUGGUAUGUCCUACCCGGUGGUAUUUUCUACGCCAUCCGACUGGCCGACUGA